AUGCCUCAACUUCUUAACAGCAUACUCAAUGUGAGCAAGGUUUUCCAGAACUAUGCUGAACAUCAUGGGGUAGGUGCUUCACUGAGCAAGAAGGAGUUGAAGCAGCUGCUCCUCAAUGAGUUUGGAGACAUCCUUCGGAGACCAAAUGAUCCAGAAACUGUGGAAAUCAUUCUGGAGCACUUGGACCGAGACAGAAAUGGAUAUGUUGAUUUUCGUGAAUACCUCUUGCUGGUAUUCCAGUUGGUCCAAGCUUGCCAUCAUAAGCUAGAUAGUAAGUUCUCUGGAGCUAGAACCUCCUCCCAGAAAGAACAUGGUGAGGAAGGAACUCAGAGCCAUAAAUUUUCAGAAAACAGAGGCAGACAACGUAGGCAGAGGUAUGAAGGAGAACGCCGGAACUCUCACUACAGUCAGUCUGAAGGACAACAUCAAAAUGUCCAACAUGAUCAGUCCCAGAGACAAGAUAAGGACUCUGAGAGACAUGGUACAGAUCCUCACUGUGGUCAGUCAGAGACAUUCCAUGGGGACUCCCAUUAUGGCCAUUCUGAGAGACAAGACACAGAUUAUAGCUCAGAUCAGUCAGAGUCAGACAAUGAAUCUUCUAAGUCUAGUCAAAGACCGAGGCAUGAAUCUAGUCGUGAACAGCCCAAAGGUCAAGGAUAUAUCUUUGCCUUAAGUCAGUCUAAGAACCCUGAGCAGGCUUUUCAUUAUGGCCAGUCUAAAACAUUCGGACAACAAAGCAGUCAUGGUCAGUCUGGAAGAUCCCGAAAAGACUCUUAUUCUAGUCAAACCAGUCAACAAGAAUCAGAUUCUUAUGAACAAUAUGGAAGUCAGCAUCAGAAAUCAGGCAACAGUCAGACAGAGAGACAAGACCAGAGUUCUCAGUAUGGCCAGACAAACAAAAAAGGAGAUAGUUCAUACCAUGAGCAGACAGAGGGACAAGGUCAGAGUUUCCAUUAUGGUCAGAAAGGCAGACAAGGCCAGAGUUCUCACCAGGGUCAGAAAGGCAG